CUUCUCUGACUGAACACGUGACUUUGUUUACUUCCGGGUUCGAGAUUACGUCAAGAAAAUUGCAAAAUAAAUCACAAGAACUAUUGCGUUUUCUGAAAAAAACAUGUCAAUCAACACGGCACAUGCCAAUGGAGGGGUGUUAAUAUUUACUGGAGAAAGAAUCCUGCUAUACUGUGAUAAUGUCGAGAUGGGAUUUGAACCCAACACGGUUCCACAUUUCAAGGGGAACAAGACCGGCACACUGUACCUCACUACUCACCGGGUAAUCUUCUGUAACAAGAAUAAAAAGGACAUGUUGCAGUCAUUCAGUCUUCCGUUCCUCCAAAUGCGGGGGGUGGAGCUAGAACAGCCUGUGUUUGGAGCUAACUACAUCAAGGGCAAGAUGCUGGACGAAGCUGGAGGGAACUGGAGUGGAGAGGGCAAGUUUAAGAUGUGGUUCAAGAGUGGAGGUGCGAUAGAAUUUGGCCAGGCCAUGCUCAGAGCUGGAAAACUGGCAUCCCGGAACAGGCCUGCCCAGCCACCGCCGUACUCCCCUCCCCAGGGACCUUUCUACCAGGCCCCACCCCCUGCAUACAGUGCACCCCACACGGAGUACUACGCAUGGGUGCCGUACCAGACAUUCCCCACCGCUCCACCACCUGAGUAUGUGUACACAACUGGCGCCCCACCCCCGUACCCAGGAGUUGACCCCGCCUACCCUCCCCCUCAACCUGUGGCAAAUGGCACAUCAUCUGCAGACGCAAAAGCUAUGGAGGCGGCUGCCAGUGGCUACUACAAUCCGGCAAAUCCCCACAAUGUGUACAUGCCAGCGCCGUACCCUUCUGCCCCACCCUCAUAUGAUGACGUUACGAAGAAGAAUCAGUGAUUUGGGGACCAGACUGACAUUUUAUUUUUGUUUUAUUGUGUAAAAAGGAAAUUUUCGCGUGUGUGGUUUAUUUCCGCAAAUAUACAAAUUUCUUAAAAGAUGUGUUAAAUCUGGACUAAAUUAUACUCAAAAUUGAAAAUAAACACAUUGAAAUUUAAGAUGAUGUUAUUGCUAGUAUACACAUGUACGUAGAAAUGGCACCCUUCCAUCAAAAAUAUGGUUACGGUACAACUGUUACAAGAUUGCAUGUUCUUCGUAGCAUGUACUUUGAUAUUCGUGAUUUUAGUUAAUCACCAUAUGUUAAAUCUUCAACUCGAUCCUUAUUUAUUAUAACUAGGAUGGAUUGGUACUUUUCGAUUUUUAAGUACAAAAUAUUUCUCAAUUCUAUUUUUUUUAUUUUGUUGAUUAAUCUGUGUAUUAUAUUCUACAUACAUGUAACUUCAUAUUUAUUAUUUGUCAGCUGAACAUUUUAGUGUAUUUUGAUGAUCUUUGCCAGUCAUUUGUUAAGAUUGUUAUAAGUACUUGUUAUACUACACGCAUUCUCUCGCAGCCAAAGUUCUUAUAUCUUUGAAUUAAAAUAUGUUGUUGUUGUUUUAAAAAAAAAUGCGCCGUGUAAUAUACUUGGGAGUAGAAACCUAUUAAAAGAGUAAUUAAUGCUUUAUUCAUUGAAUAGAUAGAUGAUCGCAGUACACACAGAUUUCGAAACAAUUUCAAAGGCUAUUUUUGGAGGACGCAAUAUAGUUUAAUAAUUUGUACCUGUAUUUUAUUUGUAAAGCACAAUGCCUGUACCUUUCUUUUUUUCAUUAAAUGUUUUAUAUGUGUGCAUAUUCUCUUUCCAGAAUGUGUUGGUACUCUGUAAUUUAAUUUAUCAGAAUCAUGAUAUUCUAAAUUACCAAACAGGUCCUGAGGAGAAAACUAUUUUGUAAAAUUUAAUGUACCGUAGUAAAAUAAUGAGCUUAUUUGUUUGUUUUAUAUUAGAUACAAGCAAAAAAUACAGUAUAUGUAAGUAUUUAUUUAUUAAAAAUCUUUGUGUUUUCAACAAGUUAAGAUGUUUUCUUAAACACUUGCUACAUAGUAUUUAAAAGUUAUUUAUAUACAUGUAAGUAGCUGAUCUGUUUUUCAAAGGAAAGAUGUGCAGGAAUUAUUAUAGUUAAGGUGUCAUCGUCGGCAGUAUAGUGCAAAUACCUUGGCCCAAACUAUAAAACUAUUCAAGAUAAUCAAAUAGAAUUUGGUACCCAUUAUGCAAGAGACAUAUGGCCCAAUAAGGCCCAAAAAUUGCCCUCCUUUCGAUUAAAGUGACACACUAUUCAAAAUCAGUACAUACACAUGUAUAACAAACAUACAUUUUAACUGAUAAAUCUUUAACUACUUACAAAAUAAUGCAAUUAUGGAAAAUAUUAAUAACUGAUAACAAGAUUGUAACCAUGUAUCUAAUACCAGAAAGCGCAAAAAUAUUAAAUGAUUGGCGAGUGAUAAAAGAUUUAUUGUGGUCCACUAUAGUCUCAUAAGGUAGAAAUACUGUGUUUAAUGCUCAUUUUGUUCAAUUUAAACUCAGUAUCCUUUAUAAAAAACUUUGUUUAGGACAUUUAUUCAUCUUUUUGGAAUAUUAAAACAAUAUUAUUUAAUGUGUUAAAUCUUAUUUGGGAGUAAGAGUGCAUCUUUAAAAAAACCCAGACGAACAUUGACAUUCACUUUGAGUUACUCUUGUUUUAGUUAUACAUUAUAUGUGAUAAAUGUUGUAAAGUUUAUUUGAUUCCUUACCUGUAUACAUUGUUACAUUCUAGUGGAUGAUUUAUUAAAAAGUGUAGAAAA